AUGGAAAAUCCGAUUUAUCAAUGUGUCCGUCAUCAACACGCAACGCCGAAUACAAUUUUCCAUGCUAUGUAUGCCCAUUUCCAUUUGGGCAUUCCGAAAAAGGAUCUAUCUCAAUUAUAUUGUAAAGCGGAAUCCACGAUCCACGAAUGGUUCAGAAAAUAUAGAGAAAAUGGAUCGGUAAAGCGGAAGCAACGUAUGGAAGUGUUCCGAAAAUUCAACACCGAAAAGCGUGUUUGGUUACUUGAACUCUACCAAGAAAACCCAAUGCUGUUUCUCGAUGAGGCUAGGCUCAAAUUCAAGAUUUGGCAUCCCUGGAUGCAAUUCCAACAGAACAUAAGCAUCAGGUCGAUUUGCACGAUUCUCCAUGAGUAUGGACUAUCAUGGAAAACGGUCGAACGUCGUUCUAUGGAAAUCCGGGAAUCGGAAAUUGUAAGAUUCGUCCGGGAGCUGCUUUCAAUUCCUUGGGAUACUUAUAACCUAGUUUUUUUAGAUGAGGUCAGCUUUGAUAACAGGGACAUGCUACGACGGAAGGGAUAUGGAGCUAUCGGCAAAAAAUUGAUUGUUUGUGGUGAGUUCUCCAGGAAGCCUCGACUGUCUUUUUUGUGCUUCCUUGGGGUGAAUGGGAUCCUGGAUAGUUUUUGGACAGAGGGAACUUUCAAUCGUAUAAAAUUUUUUGAAUCUUGCAAAAAAUUCGCUUUGAAAAAUCCCCAAGUUCAAAAAUAUCCAGGAUUUCACUCUGUCUGGAUUAUGGACGGUGCAAAAAUUCAUUGCCAGCCACAAAUAAUCCAGUAUUUACGCUCGAUUGGAAUAGUUCCAAUAUUCCUUCCGCCGUACUGUCCUUUUUUUAAUCCGAUAGAGAUUAUUUUUGGAUUGAUAAAAAAACAUCUACAAAGGCAUCGACAGGAAGGUUCCAAAAAUUUUUUGAUUGAUGUUUGCGACGCAAUCAAUCAAUUUAGGAUCUAUCCUUGCAAAAACAUUUUUGAACACUGCGGUUACUUCGGAGGAAAUUUUCUCCCAGAAAAAUGCCUGGCAGAAGAACAAGCCCGAGCUACUUUUUCAAAGAUUUCCAAAUAG